AUGGCUGCUUCCAAUCUGACAUAUGACUUUAUUGUUUGUGGUGGCGGCACCUCCGGCUGCGUAGUUGCAGCGCGGCUUGCCGAAGAUGCCGCCACUAAGGUUCUCCUCAUUGAGGCUGGCCGGCACAAUGAGAACCUCGAAAACGUCCACAUGGUUGGAGGCUGGUCCCAGAACUUUGACAAGGAGACGGACUGGAAUAUCAUCUCUGUGAAGGGUGCUGGUGUCAAUGACCGCCAGAUCAAACUGAGCAGAGGCAAGUUCCUCGGUGGCUGCUCGGGAUGCAACGGUACGCUGUGCGUCCGUGGUGUUAGACAGGAUUUCGAUGAUUGGGAUCUUGAAGGCUGGCGUGGUGAUGAGUUUUUCAAGUACAUGUCCAAGGCAGAGACCUUCCACGGCAAGGACUGGUUUGAGGCCGACAAGGAGUCUCACGGCUACGAUGGCCACCUCCACACUGAGCUUCAUGACCUUGCUCCCAUCUCCGAUAUGAUUAAGCAGUCCAUGAUCUCCAAGGGCCUUCCUCUAGAUCAUGAUAUGUUUACCCAUGGACGAAACCCUCAUGGUUGCGGCUAUGCUACGAGGACUGUGUAUAAGGGUCUCCGCACCACUGGUGCCGACUUCGUGACCAUCCCUAAGCAUAAGGGCAAUCUGGAGCUUCUUGUUGAGAAUCAUGUCGAUAAGGUUAUUAUUGAGAAGGAUGAGAAUGGCGAGCUCAAGGCCACUGGCGUUAGGGCUGUUAAAGCUGAUGGUAGUGUUGUCGAGCUCAAGGCUCGCAAGGAGGUUAUUGUUAGCGGUGGGGCAUACUGCAGCCCUAACAUCCUGAAUCGCUCCGGCAUUGGCGCGAAGGACGAGCUUGAGAAGCAUGGUAUCACUAUGCUUGUGGAUCUUCCUGGCGUGGGAAAGAACCUCCAGGAUCACUUGAUCGUCUUCAUGUUCUACGAGACUGAGAUUCCCGGUCUCACCAAUGACCACCUUGUGUACCACGGUGAUGCCCUCGCCAAGUCGUAUGCCCUCUGGAAGGAGCAGAAGGCUGGCUUCCUGUCCACUUUCCCCUUUGGCGUCUUAGCCUUCGUUCGCCUGGACCAGCGUCUUACCGAUUCAAAGGUCUGGAACGAGGCUCCCCGGAAAGAGGGCCGCGACCCCAUGGGUCUUGCCCCAAGCCAGCCCAACAUCGAGCUCUUCAACACCGAGUGCUACGGUGGACCGAAAGAUUUCGACAAGUUCCCCAUCGACGGCAAGCAUGCCUUCGGCAUCAUCGCCGAGCUGUUUUCCCCUAAGUCCCGUGGAACCGUUACACUCCGAAAUGCAGACGCGACGGCCAUCCCCGUUGUGGACUGCAACUACCUCUCCGACCUGCUGGAUGUGGAGGUGCUUGCCGAGGCUUGUCGCUUCGCCAACGAAAUCAUCACUGAGGGUGCUGGUACCAAGGAUGUCAUCAAGGGCUCCUGGCCCUCGGACCUUACCCACCACACCUACAAGACCAGGGAGGACUGGAUCCCUUACGUUAAGGAGAAUGCGACGACUUGCUACCAUGCUUCCGGUACUUGCGCUAUGGGCAAGGCCUUGGACCCCAAUGCCGUCGUCAACGAGAAGCUCGUCGUCAAGGGUGUCAAGGGCCUCCGAGUUGCGGACUGCAGUAUCAUGCCCAAGGUGAACAACGGCCACACCCAGAUGCCGGCGUAUGGAAUCGGCGAAAAGGCCGCCGAUCUUAUCAAGGCCGCGUGGGCGUAA